ACUGUCAAUGUCAAACUGACAAGCGAAGUGAGGUUAGAGUUAAUUCUGCGUAACAUUGCAAAUUUAUUUCAAGUUCACAUUCCAUUUUAUUUUAAGAUUAGAAAGUUUACUCCGAGGCAGUGUUGAUAAAAUUCAUAUACACCAAGAUGUCGCAGCCUCAGCAGACCAUGCCUAAUUACGUGAAAUUCGUUUUUGGUGGAGUAUCAGGAAUGACUGCAACAUUGUUUGUUCAACCUCUUGACCUAGUAAAAAAUCGAAUGCAGUUGAGUGGAACUGAUGGCAAAAAAGAAUACAAGACUAGCUUUCAUGCUUUCCGUGCAAUCCUUCAAAAGGAAGGGUUUGUGGGAGUAUAUUCGGGUCUCUCAGCCGGAUUGCUAAGACAGGCAACAUACACAACCACAAGACUGGGUGUUUAUACUUGGUUGUUCUCUAAAAUGACAGGUUCUGAUGGUACGCCACCAAACUUCUUCAUGAAGGCAGGUCUGGGUAUGGUUGCCGGGGCUUGCGGAGCCUUCAUUGGAACUCCUGCAGAGGUAGCGUUGGUGCGUAUGACAUCAGACGGGCGUUUACCACUUGACCAGCGUCGUAACUACAGCAAUGUAUUUAAUGCAUUGAUGCGAAUCGCGAGAGAAGAAGGAGUCUUGGUAUUGUGGAGAGGAGCCAUCCCCACGAUGGGUCGGGCGAUGGUAGUCAACGCGGCCCAGCUGGCGUCCUACUCUCAAGCCAAACAGGCGCUGCUCUCUACUGGGUACUUCAAUGAGAACAUAUUUCUUCACUUCUGUAGCAGCAUGAUCUCUGGUCUUGUCACUACGGCUGCGUCUAUGCCAGUUGACAUCGCCAAAACCAGAAUACAAAACAUGAAAAUUGUCAACGGCAAGCCAGAAUACACCGGUGCAGUUGAUGUCUUGACAAAAGUGAUCAAGAACGAAGGGUUCUUUGCGUUGUGGAAAGGCUUCACUCCGUACUACGCGAGACUCGGACCCCACACUGUCCUCACCUUCAUCUUCCUUGAACAGCUGAACAAGUCGUACAACGAAUACUUUCUGGGUCAGAGUGGAAAAGGGUCCGGUUUGUAAUGUUUCUAAUCACUAUUUUACUGCGAUAACGGGAAGGGUUUAAUCAAUGUAUUUAGGAACAGAAAGGUUAAACGUCGUAAAUAGUUACCAAAAUAUAAUUGUUGACAAGUAACUUCUUGUAAACUAGUUGUGAUUUAUUAUUUUUGUCAAUUGGCUAUUGGCUCUCAGAGCUAUGUGUUGUUACUGUAAGACUAAACAAGAUAUAACUUAAGCUAUAACGGUUUAAACUGCAAAUCUAGAUUGUAUUGCCGCUAAGUGCCUUUGAAUGAUUUAGUGUUAAUAGAUUUUUUUACCUUUUUGCCUAUAUCUGUAUUUAGCUGGUUUAGUGUAUAAAGUUACAUUCUUGCAGACUUAUGCAUCUGGUUUCCCAGUAUUAUCUUGUGCAUUUAAUUAUCUCCAUUUUUCACACCAACUUGCACAGUAAAACCUCUUUAAUCGGUGUCCAGCAGUUUAAACAUUUCAUAUUGCUAAAUUUAUCAUUCACCUCUGUAAAUUAAACAGUUUUGCGGCCUAUUUUAGAGUGCUGCAGUAGUAUUUUUGGUUUUAAGUGGUUUUCUGUUAAAAGUACUCACUACACAAUAGUAUCAAAACUGUCCUAAAAUAUACUAUAUUUCCUCUAGACGUUUGUCAAUUUGGACAACUUUGAUUCUCAAUUCAUCCAAGACUGAAUAAAUGAAGGUUUGCUGUUAGUAGCAAAGACAAGCCCAUACAGAGAUAAAACAACAUAACCUAUAUUUGUUGUGCAGUGUUUUCUUUCAAGCUAUGUAGGCUAACUAUGAACAGGUUAGGCCCCUUUUAUUCACCGCGGUUGCCCGCCAGCGGGCACCCGCCGCGGGCGACCGCUGCAGCAAUGUGUCACCUGCGAUCAAUCGCUAUCACAUGGAUAGUGUAACAGUGCUGCCAACCCUUGUUUGUUAAAACCUUUGUUUUUUUAAUGUAUACUCCUUCAAUCUAACCAGUCUAACACAAGUAUUUGGUUUACAACUGAGAACUGUCAUGGACUCACUUCAACGGCUGCUAUUUAAGCCUGAAAUCUAGCUAAAAACACACUCUAGCAAAAGAAAUCCUUUGUAAAAGUUUCAAAUAGUGCCAGAGGGGUGUUCAAUCUAAAUGUUAUUUACUGUAGAUAAUUUCAGACAAAAUCUUUCAGUAUUUAUGUCUGUAACAUACCAUGAAGUCAUUUUUAACGGUGAGAGGUUCAGCUAUGUACAAGACCAAACAACUAUACAUACAGUACUAUACAAGACUAUAGUAUGUAGUAGACAAUGCGCACAGCCAAAUGACUAGACCAUGUGUAAGUGAGUGACACUGGUAACUUGGGUUGGUAGCAAUGCUAGAGCGACGGCGGGCUCCCGCGUUGAAUAAACGAUGCCAUAUAACACAAUGCAUAUACAAACCGCUAACCGCCGGCGGUUUCUAAGUGCAAGCGGGUGAAUUUACAAACCUCCGCGGGUACCCGCAACUUCUGAGACCGCUCCUAUUUGAAUAAAAACACCCAUUUAGGGCAAUGCAUUUAUAAAACCGCGGUGGGUGCCCGCUGGCGAGUAACCGCCGUGCAUAAAAGGGGCCUUAUGCACUCCAAUGAGAGAGAGUCAGAUGCUAGGUUUUAAAAAUGAAUCAAAUAACUGUUGUAUGAGGUUGCAUAAUUUUUCAAUAAUUUUAUAGAAAUGUUUAUGUGCCAAAACAAAUUGUCUUCAGUAUGAAACAACAUCGCACAAACAACUAAUGUAAUAUAAAAGUUUUGCAUUCUGAAUUCAGUCUGUGCACAGAUAUUUUAUUAUUCUCACAACAUUGAACCUCACUUUUCUUAACACUUUGUUAUCUUCAGUGGCAUCAUAAAUGCUAUGUUAGUGUAUAAUGCAGUAGAAUGGUCAGAUAAGAUUUGAGACAUUUUGCCCAGUUGAAUAUAAUAGAUGUUUUAAACAGCUGUUACAAUUUUGAUUGGUCUAUUCUUGUGCAGCUUGCUCCAGUUAUCUCCUGCCACCAUGACAAAACGAAAUAUUCAUUUUAGUCUAUUUGAUAGCAUAUUAAUAUGUAGAGAUUUAUUACAGACUAAAGAGAUACCCUUUCCGCCAACAUUACAUAUGAUUCCAAAUAUAUUGUGAUGUUCAACAACAUUCAAGCCAAGACAACAGAGUGUAGUAAACAUUAUUUUAAUUAAUUAAAGUAGACUACAAACUGAUAUUUUCUGAUUUACUGUUUGGUGCUUUGCCAAAUACUUUUAAGUUGUCAGUCAGUUGCUUUAGUUAUACAAUGAUUGUCAACUUUUUCAUCAUUAGAAUCUUUCUUGUUUGGACCUGUUUGAUUUGGACUUCAGAUGGUUUGGUUUACACUUGCAAGUGGUUCACACACUCACUUUGUACAUAGAUUCACAAAAAAAAAAACAAAAAAAAAAACCAUCUUCUGGUACUGUUCGCUCCUAAUAGUAUAGGUAUGUGUCCUAGCUUUUAUAAUGUUUCACACUGAAAACCCCUAAAACCUUUGUGGAUAAGACAGAAAUUAAUCCCUCCCUCUUAACAAAAAAGCAUAACUAGGAAUACUUGGCAAGUAACAAAAUUCAGUUUUGGCUAAGUUCCGGCACAGAGAAGUAUGGAACGGAAGAAACAUUCCAUGGUACACUUAAGAGGUGUCUAGCACUAGUGCUGGUGUCUAGGGCCAGGUCCGCCUCACCUUCAUGUACUACAAGGUUCACAGAGGAAGACUUUACAUCCUGUGCAAUAGGAAUUUAUGCACAGUGCUCGUCACAAGUAUAUUUCCGCCCCAACAUACCAGUGCUGAAAGCGCACGGAUGUCCAUUCAGAUUGUUUCCUCUGUACCUAAAUUCUUUGUAGUUCCGGUCCUAAAUCGUUCAAACAAGAGGGUAUCUACCGAAAUGAUUUUUAUUAUGUUCAAUAAUGAACUUAUAGUUUACAGUAAUAUUAUUUAAAAAGUUCAACAUUCUUGUAGGAAAUGUGUGACUGUGACUAAAUAGUUUUAUAGGAACAAAGUUUGAAAUUUGUAGAUUUAUUAUUUACAAAAAUUGUUAUUGUUACAAGUUAUCUGUUAAAAUCUAAUAGUGCUGUGUUGUUAUAUGUUGUAAACCUUAACAUAUAUUUGUAAAUAAAUACCUUAAAUGCAGUUUAAGUGUUGUAUCAUUUUCAUUAGGAACUAAUAGUUUUU